GUAAAAUUGGAUUGCUUUUGAAAUUGGUUGGUUAACUUUCCGAUAAAUCCUAUUUAAAUAGUUUAUAAAUGGAUUGGUUCAAACGAACGCAUCCGGUUAGUUGUUUUUUUGUGACAGUUAAAAAAUCAAAAAGUAACUAGAAAAUUCGGCUUGUCCUACUUGUCAUCGUUCGUUCCCGUAUCCCGCAAAUGGCAUGGCAGAUUACAAUGGCAGCGAGCAGUGGCGGAGUAGAUUGGACGUGUGUCUUGAAACCGUUUUUAUCGAAAAAUUACGAGAAUUCCAACCCAGCUGAAGUGAUAGAAUUAUGUUCGGCUAUUGUUAAAAGCGAAUCUGAGAUUUUACGCCAUAAGGAUAGUAAUAAAAAUUUCUUCAAUUCUUUUGCUGUUUUAGCUGCUGAUUACAUUAGCAGUAGCACAAGUGGAUUAUCUGCAAGCCAGCUAGAGACUGUAAAUGCCGCAUGUAGAGUGUUAUUAAAAUAUUUGUUAAGUGCCCUAAACUCGACUUCUAGUGAACCAAAUUUGAACAGUGCUCAAAUCGAACGCUACAUAAAUGCUAUCCGAGUGUUGUGCAUAGGCACCGGAUUGCUCUCCACGUCAGAGGUCACUGUCCUCGUCGACAGCAUGAAGGGGGAGAAUUUACCCCAGCAAAACCCGGCGCCUCCAGGUAACGACAAAGAUGUUAGUAACAAGCAAGAGUCCCCUAAGAAUCGUUCGGAUUUAUCCGUCAGCAUCUACGAACAAUUAACAUUGCCUUUACGCGAUGGCCGAACAGCCACAUCGGAUGUGGGAGCCAGCGGUUCGUCUGCUGUACCCGACUUAACACCCGGUAGAGAUCCUUCAUCUGAAAUUAACAGGUUAUUUUUAAAGUCGAAUCAAGAGAGUUUGCAAGCCCUGAGGGCCGGCGACACGCUGGUGGACUUGUGCCUUAGUUUACCAUCCAUAAAACGAGCCAAAUCCAAAGUAGAAGAAGCGCUAGCCGGCAAACCGUUCUGCUUGCCUUCUAACCACGCCGAAGCCACCGCCCUUCGAAACCACUUAUCCUCGACACUAUCGGAGAUCAUGCUGGCGAUGUCGGCCAUCAAUCUACCGGUUUUGGAGCCUUUAACGUCGAGUAAACUGGACAAACUGUGCAGCCUUGCCAUGGCGGUGUUGCAUUGCGCUCUGAGCCAAGCGGCCGCGGCCGCCGUGCUAUCGAUGAGCGCCGUAGUCUCGCCGAAAUGCUCCAACCAGCAAUCGCAAGCCGGCUUGAAGGAGGACGAUCUGGAUUCCAACGCUGUAUCCCUCGUCGAAGAAGCCCUAAACAUGUACAACUUCAUUGGAAACGUGAUUAAAACGUCUACGAGAGCCGGUGGACAUGUGUAUCAGAACUAUCUGCUGGCCGGCGCUUGGGUGUUGGUUUCCGGUCUCCAAACGCAUUUGACCACCACCACGACGGAGAAGACUCCUCACCUUCGGGAGCGCGACGAGAAAGGCAGGAGUCCGUGUAAAUCUCGCGAGGGCAAUUCGGCUCGAUCCGGUUUGCAGAAAUUCCAGCAAUCUUUCGGCGUCCUUUCCGUCGCCUUGGCGUCGAGGGCUCUGCAUUUGCUGUCGGAAUUGUUCGAUGAUUUGUAUUUGGAAGUUUGCAGCGGCGCUAGUAGCAUCGUGCAGGUCGAACCCGCUCCGUUGGCGAUCAUGGGACAGUUCACGGCUCUGCAGAGAGUAUCGAGGAUACUGAACGCGGCGCCUUUAAAUCAUUUGUUGUUUUAUUUAGCAAUCGUAAGCUAUAGAAAAGCGUGUACUUUGAAGAGACUGCAUCCGCCUGAAGGUGAUACGUUCAGUCAAUCAGAUUCCACCACUUACUACGAAGAUAUGAUCAUGUGUUCCGAUGACAGUUCUACGGAUGAUGAUGAAGAUAGCGAGCCGAUAUUGGGCCAGUGGUUCGAAGAAACGUUGGCUCCGCCUGAAAUCGUCGAAACCAAAUCGCCGUCGUCGUCGGAAAACGUGGAAGCGAAAUCGGACGGGCACGAUCGUACUAGAAUUGUCGUUCCGGAAAAAGGCGAAGCGCAUGGUUUCAUCGCGCUAUCUACCAGCGUUUUCGCUUUCAUGAAUAAACAUUUUUUAUGUACUAAAAGUACAUUCAUCUCGAGAUACGUCAAGAACGGUUUGACCGAACAACAAAUGAUCAUCUUGGCGGCUAUUAUUAGAGAUCUGGAUAGGGAAACUGCUCGAACGGAAAUCUGUACCAUUUCGGUGUAUUUCGGUCAAGCUUUGGCCCAACUUUACUGCGAAUUCUCGGGUGCUCUGACUCGAUUCGCUCACAAUUUAGUCACAAACAACAACUUGAGUAACUUGCAAGCGUGUCUGUUGAACCAUUUGGGGGUUUCGCCGUGGAAUACGGACGUGCCCCACGCGUGGCCCUUGCAGGUUUAUCCGAGAACACUAGCCAUUUUGGCGCAGGUGUUGUUGCUGAGACCUCAAAACGAAAAAGAAGCUUCUGUCAUAAGUAUUUGGCACCGAUUGGUCAAUACUUUGAUUGAGAAUGUACUCAAUAAUGCGCACUCUGUUAUUGAAUCGGAAAAUGAAGAUUUGAACGUUGAACACGCGCAGGUUUUGUUGUAUCUGUUCCAUUCCCUUAAUUUAAUGCAGAAAAAAUCUGUCGUGUUGCUUAUGGCUGGAGGUGUAUUGAGAUGCUCCGAGAUUGCUAGAGGUCCUUUAAAAGAUUCACAAUUAUUGCACUUGUCAAGAUUGUUGUUGCUUUUUGAUUACAUCAUGAAGCAUUUGUACGAUCCACCCACUUCUCUAUUAGAACAGAUCCAAUGGAACUUGUUUUAUCUAACAAAUUUGAACUCGGAAAGCGAAAAAGACGACAGCUUGACGAGAAUGUACACGGCCUGGCAGGACAUCGAGGAUAAUUACCGUAAAAUAUCCGCCGUCGACGAGCUGGCUAUGAAACCUCGCUUUUACAUUCUAACGAAUUUAGACGUAAACAACCAGGACGCUCCCAAAUUGGACGGUCUAGCGUGCAAUUUCAUCUUAGGAACGCCCGAUAAACUCAGAUAUCCGCUGUUAUUGGACGCUCUGAUCGAAAUUUUAAACGUCACUCACAUUACAUCCGGAGCGAACGCGUUCAAAAUGAGUUUCUUGGGACUGUGCGCCACGCAAUAUUGCUUCACCAUUUGUUGGAAAUUGUUGCAGUUACUUCCGCCUUCGAUGUCUUACAUGGAACGGCUUACAACAGGCGAAAACCUCACAGCAGGGCCCCUUUUACUGCAUUCGUUGAUUUGGGGACCUAGAGCCUCGCACAAGAAUUUCAAUAGAUGGUUGAAAGAUUGUCUCACGAAACAAGGAAUGUACACUCAGCAUACUGAUAAAUUGUUGAAGGAAGUAUCGGAAGCUGUGAAUAAUAUCAAGUACGACAUUACUAAUGCUAAAAACUGCAUUAUAUCCCUAACUCCAGACGUGAAAAAAGAUUUAGUAAAGAAAGAGGAUUUACCGCCAUUGUGGCAUCUUUUCCUUUUGGACGCUCUAAUGACCAAAGUCCAAGUGGGUCUGGAAGAGCCGGAGGGUUCUUCCGAAUCCAGUUCCAUCACGCUUUCGAACGGGACCUAUGUUCAAGACCUCUUACCGCACGUCCUGAGACUCACCCAGGCGAUUUUACAUUGCACCAGAUGGUCUUUGUUGCACACCAUCGCCGAUCAGAAUGCCUCGUCCAAUAAAUUUUCGUUGCAAAAUUUCGAAGGUUUGCAGGACGUCUUGGCGAUUUCCUCCACCAAAAACACCCUGACGAGUUCCCUUUCGUCCGAAUUGACGUCUCUACUGCCGUCGUGCGUCAGCGCCAAUCAAUUGCAAUCGUACAAAUCGAUUCUGGACGAUUCCUUCAUCGCGUCCUGUCAGAACGACAUUAUUCCAUCGGAGAGCGCCAUUUUGAAGGUGGUGGACGCACACGUCGCGACGCUUUCUCUAAGCAGUCCUUACAGCAUAAAUUUAUCACUGAGGCGACUUUUGCAAUGCCUGGUGAAAUUUAUCUGUGAUCACGCGCCGAAAACGGAAAACACCGAUACUAAAAACAAAGCGAUCGAACUGUUGGUAUCGAUUACGUUAGAUUUACGAACUGAAUAUUUAUACGAUUCGGUAACGAAAACAUUGGAUAAGAUGAUUGGCGAUACGGAAACCGACGAACAUCAGAAACGCGUUUACCUGAGAGUAUUGGAACAUACAUACAAAUUAAUCACCAACUACACGUCGGGAAAUUCGGAGCAUUACAGUUCGAACAUCGACGAAAACGUCUUGCACCAUUGCCUGAAGUUCUACGAAAAAAUCAUCGAGAAAUCCUCGGGUCGACAGGCCUUGGAAAUAUUCUUCACCGGCGAGAAGGACCUGGUGAAAGUCCUCAUGUCCGUGUCGAGUCCGCAGACGUCGCAACAGUACGGCACGAGGGUGUUGCGUUUCUUCAACAAACUCUUCCAAGCUGCUGAAAAGAGCUCCACCGAUCCGAGCCUGAACUACCUCUGUUCCAGCAUGAGCAAACUGGCCGACGUCGACAACGAGAAACUCCAAACGUGGCUGCGCCAGAUCAUCAUCGGCACCGGCGGCGUCGAGCCGCUGGUCUCGUCGGCGACGCUCAACAAGGACGACAGCCCGGCCACGUCGAGCAACGGCAAAUACACCAUCACGGCCUUCGAUAACAAGGAUUUAUCGUCGCCUUCCAGCGCCGAUCAAAAGUCUCUAGUGCAAGAAAACAGUCAAUUACUACAGGCUAUAACUAGCUUUAUCGUGAAACAAAACAGCAGCGUGUCCGAAGAAGUGUCUAUAACUAUAUUGAAAGCUCUUAUUCAAUUAGCUAAGUAUUUGCUUUCGCCCGCUUUCGAAGGAGCCGGAUUCACCGAUCUCAUGGUAGAUAUGAUCAUGUUGGCGAACGCCGGAUCGGGCAAAGGCCACAGCUUCCUGUUCCCGGCGACGGCGGGUUGGAUAGAAAUUUGCAACCAAUACACUACAGAAAAAGACGUCGCCGAUAAACUCACGAACGAUUCGGACGGUUCGAAGAGCAGCGCCAUGAUCGAGGCGGCCUCCUGCAUCCUCGAAUACGUCAGCGACGUCGUGUCGUCGAUCACAGCGCAACGAUCGCCGGCGGUCGCGCGGCCCCUCAGCCCGCCGUGGGAGCACGAAACCCCGUUGGACUUGGACUCGGAGUGGCCGGACUUCGGCGACGACGACGACAGCGGCGAGGACAGCGACGAGGAUUCGCUGUGCAACAAGCUGUGCACGUUCACCGUGACGCAAAAGGAGUUUAUGAACCAGCACUGGUACCAUUGUCACACGUGCAAGAUGCUCGACGGCGUCGGCGUGUGCUCGAUAUGCGCGCGCGUCUGUCACAAGGGGCACGAUUUGAGCUACGCCAAAUACGGGAAUUUCUUCUGCGAUUGCGGCGCCAAAGAGGACGGCACGUGCCAGGCGCUGGUGAAGAGGAGUCCGCAAAUCUGCGAGGGUAACGCGGCGUCCGGGGCGGUCGGUAGUUCGGAGCAUAUAUUGACUAGCUCGUUGAGGAGGAGAACCUCGAGUCCUGUACCUACUGAUAAGACUGUUUAUAAAGAAAGGAAAUCGAUCAACACAGUGAAGCAUCUCGACGGCGCCAAGGAAUUUAUAGUAUACUACUUGGGAGCGAGUUUAAUAACGCGUUCUCUGUUGGAUUUCUUGUGCUCGUUGAUACCCGCCGUCGAAGAUCAUUGUCGCAAGAACUCGUUGGUGGGAUGUCACAAUCGAGGCGUCAAGGCGCUCGAUCAGUUGUAUUCGAACGAGAAGAAAUACGUGAAUACCGAUCAAUUGAUGGUGCCCACGCUGGGCUCGCAAGAGGGCGCUUUCGAGAACGUUCGCAUGAAUUACGCGGGCGAACAAGGCCAAACGAUUCGACAGCUUCUAUCUGCGCAUAUAAUUCGAAGGAUAGCGAUGUGCUGUAUGACUUCUACGCAAGGCAGAAGGCAACAUCUGGCUGUAUCACACGAGAAAGGAAAAAUAACCGUCCUGCAAUUAUCGGCGUUGUUAAAACAAGCCGAUUCGUCGACGAGAAAACUAACGUUGACCAGACUAUCUACUGCACCUAUACCGUUUACCGUACUAUCUCUAUCCAGUAAUUUGUGUAACGAAGACUUUCUGGCAGUUUGCGGUCUUAAAGAUUGCCAUGUAUUAACAUUUACAUCGAGCGGCUCGGUGUCGGAUCACCUGGUGCUCCAUCCUCAAUUGGAAACCGGCAAUUUCAUCAUAAAAUCGAUCUGGUUGCCGGGCUCGCAAACGAAGCUGGCCCUCGUCACGGCGGAUUUCGUCAAAAUCUACGAUUUGAGCGCGGACGCCGUCAGUCCCGAAUAUUUCUUUUUGGUGCCCAGCGGUAAGAUACGCGAUUGCACUUUCAUGUACGAAGAGGGCACCUACCACAUACUACUCAUGUCGUCGCCCGGCCACAUCUACACGGAAAUUUUAAACGAAGAUUCUUCUACCAAAUACGGAUCGUUUUACGUGACUAAUACGUUGGAGGUGUUCCACUUGGAAGCGGCCGACGUUAACGGUCAAGUAGCAGGAGGCGGCGUGUCGAUUUACUACUCGCACACGCUGGGGCUUCUGUUCUACAGCUACGCUCAAGGGAAGAGUUUCAUAUCGCCGAUAACGCCGAACAGCAACAGUCUACCCGCCGCGUUUCCGAUCAAUCUUCCGCAGUCGAACAACAGCACGUCGAAGAGUAACGGCCCGAAGAAUCCCGCCGCCCAACCGCUCUGCCAGUGGACGGAGAUUCCGAAUCAUCCCGGUUUGAUUUGCUGCGCCAUGCAAUCGAACAACAAUCCCGUCAUUUUGAUGCUCAGACCGGACACCGUUAUGAUACAGGAAAUUCGAGUGGUGCCGGCUAAAUCGAAAAUAAUGGAUAUGGUAGCGAUCAGGCACAAUUCCGGAAACGAUUUGAGAACGACGUUGAUAUUGCUCUGCGAAGACGGGAGUUUGAAAAUGUAUAUGGCUAAUAUGCAACAAACGGGAUUUUGGAUGUCUCCGAACAUCCAAGCGACUAUAGUCAACGCCACGGUGAAACCCAAGAAAAAGAAAGCCAUCAAAUCGGGCAAAACGACGAAUUCGUUGAACUUCCCCGUGGAUUUCUUCGAACAUUGCACCGCCAUGAGCGACUUGGAGAUCGGCGGCAACGAUCUACUCCAAAUCUACAAUCAGGCUCAAUUGAAGCACCGCCUGAACACCACCGGCUUGUACGUGGCAUGCAACAAACCCUUAGGUUUCACCAUCGACAUCAACAACAACGACUCCAACAUGGUAAUGGUGGGUCUGAGGGUGCUGAUUGGCAGCCAGGACGUCCAGAGGUGUCCUUCUUACAUUCGAAUAUUCGAGCGGAUCAUACCGUUCGCGGCGACGCGCAGCCGAUGGUACGACAUACCGUUUUCGCGUGAGGAAACCCUCCAAGCCGACAAGAAACUGAGCAUCCUCUUCGGACCAUCGCAAGACGCCGAAAACGUCACAAUGGUGGAUAGCAUCAAGGUGUACGGGAAAACCAAAGACGCGUUCGGUUGGCCCGAGGAGAACGAAGAGAACGUACCAGCGGGUGGUAACAGCAAUAACCAACAAAUCGUCGCCAGCUCGGAGAACGAGCAUUGCUCCGGCAGCAAACCGCAGCUGACCAAGCUCGAAAAGCUCGUCGUCAGCAUUUUGGAAUCGCUCGACGGUACGUUCUCUCUUCACACGGCCGACGAUAAAAUAGCGAAUUUCAAAACGUCUACGUUACAAGUCGCCACGCAACUUCUAACGCUACCCACACAACCGUCCAUUCAAAUCCAUUCGAAAGCUCUAUUGUCUUCGCUGUACUCGACCAAGCAGCAGUACCACAAUUACAAGGACCAGGCGAUAUUGCAGCACGUGUUGCAAACGCUAACGGAAAUGACGAAUUCCGACGUUAAAGAUUUAGACGCCGAGAGUUAUUACAGAUUGGUGUUGCUCGUACGAGGCAUAGCCGUGUCGCGUCCGCAGAAUCUCGUCAAGUUCGCCGACAGCCACACUUCGAUACAAGACGUCGUCUUGGACGAUCCUUUAGAGAGUAUAUUUAAUCCAGAUAAAAAACCGGAGAAAAAACCGAAAAGCCAACACCUCCUUAUCCAGCUAAUGGAAGUCCUCUGGUUGCUUCAUUCGUUGAAUCCCGACAUACCGUCGCUGUCUCUGGUCGUAUCGAAAGGUCUCAAGCACACCGAGCGCAUCGUCCACGCGCUCGUCGAGAUCGUGCACGCCUUCAACGCGUGCGACGCCUACGGCGACGUCACCAUCGGCGUCUACCUCCGGCUGUUGUUGUGCGACGAUCCGCAGAUCGCGUUCAGCGUCAACCAAGCGCUCGGCAUCGUCCUGAAGCCGAAGACGAAGCGUCGCAAGGUGCUGAUACCGAGCCCGCCGCGAUGCGCGUCGCCGCCGCCGCCGGCCAAGAGCUCGGACGGCGAGGCGGCGAAACCGCCGCCGGUCGCGGCGCAACAAACUAGCAGAGAGGAGGCGAACCGGUUCGACGUCGACGCCGUCGAAUCGAUCGGGUUGUUGGAGCAGAACGGCCAGCAGCAGAACAAUCUCGACGUGAAUCCGCUGGAGGCGCUGCUCGGCGGCGGCGUCGGGUUUCCGCAGCUUUUGGACGCCGACGACGAGGCUAUGGUCGAGUUGGCCAUCGCGUUGAGUUUGCAAGAACACGACAUCGGCGGCGAGCAAAACCAAACUCUACAAGGCUUGCAGCUGGGCAACGAAGUCGUUCUCGGCCAUCAAGUCGGACAGUCGGCUCAGGCUCAAGAAGCCGCGAAUUUCAGCGAUACCACAGCUUCUGCGGCCGGUUCGGACGACGAAGGCUCUACGGCGGCCACGGAUGGAUCCACUUUGAGAACUUCACCGGCCGAGCAGGCCGGUUCCGAGAGCGGCGGUAGCGGCGUGGAAAGUAUCACGGGCGAGCAUAACGUCUCGGGAAGGUCUUCGGCGUACGGAGACAACAUUCAAGAAGCGAUAAACUUGGUGUCGAGAUCCGAUACGAGUUCCAUCGCUAAUACCGCCGGCUUAACGGAGACCGAUGCUCCGCACGACGAUGUCGAAAUCGAAACGGAAAAUAGCGGUAGAUUGCACGUGCUGAGAUUGCAGCUGUUGGAGAAAUUGAUCGAGUACUUGCCGAAAUUGAAGUCCGUCGAUGGCGUUCGGGCCAUUCCGUUCCUGCAAGUGGUGCUCCAACUCACCACCGACAUUGACGGUCAUUGCGAACGCGAUCGCGCCUGUUUGGUGUCGCUGUUGGCCGCCAUCAUAUCCGAAUUGCAGCUGAAUAACGAUAAUUUUUCGGAUAUUUGCACUAGAACUAAACAGAGGGAGGUGCAAUUGAUACUGCUUCGUUUGCUCAGCGUAUUUAUGCAAAGGGUUAAAAUAUCGUGGCCGAAUUCCGGUAAAACUACCGCUUCGGAGAAUUCCACUUACGUCUCGCGUACGACGGCUACGGCCCUGCACAAAGCCGAUAUAAUCAAUUACUGCAACAAGCUUCUGCAAGCGCUGUUAUCUUAUUGGAGGACUUCAAACGAAGAAGAAGAUUCCAAUACGGCCUCUGGUCACCUAUUGAAGGAACGCUUGCCGCAUCCGCCGCCUGAUAUGACGCCUUUCUUCCAGAAGCAAUUCGUCAAAGACAAUCGCGACGUUUUCCAAACCUACCCUCAACUACUCACCGAAAUCACACUGAGAUUACCCUACCAAGUGCACAGGCAUUCCGAAGUAACGGAACCAAUUAGUCUAGCUUUCGACGUCUCUUGGUACAAUCACCUUUGCGACUACAUGAUGACCCCGCAAACUCCAUUCGUGAGACGUCAAGUAAGAAAAUUAUUGAUGUUCAUUUGCGGCAACAAAGAAACGUACAGGCAACUUAGAGAUUUGCACGGGCUGCGCAACCACAUGAAGAAAGUGAGAGAAUGUUGCAAUAGAGCCGGUUACCAACCGGCCAUGGACGUUCAACACGCUCUGAGUCUACCGUACGACGCCCUCGUCGAGCUCAUCGAGCAUCUCAAAUAUUGCGUCGAGAUCGCCCAAAGUCGCACCGGCAACUGGCAACGGUUCUGCAUCAAAGAGGACGAUGUCAUUCAGUUUUUGAUGCGCGUCAGUUUCCUGCUAGACGACGGCGUAGCGCCUACGGUCUUGCAGCUCUUGCAGAGCGCUUUGGUCAUCAAUGUAUCCUCUACGAAGAAAGCGGAGACGAGCAAAGCGACGUCGUCGCGAAAGGACCGCGAAAAAUCCGACGAUUCGUGCGUCGAAGCCGCCUUCGAGGAGUCCAAUUCCGUAAUAUUAGUAGAACAGAUCACCAAGCAGAUAUCUCGAGAAGUGUUCGCUAGAUUCGUGAAGACGUUUAUGUUGGAGACUAAUAUAACGUCGGUGCGUUGGCAAGCGCACGCGCUCGUUCAGGCUAUUUACAAGAACUCGAAAUCGAAGGAUCAGGAGUCCAUUUUGGAGCUGUUGUGGCAAUUGUGGCCUCUAUUGCCAGCUUACGGACGCAAAGCGGCGCAAUUCGUCGAUUUGCUGGGUUACUUUUCUCUCAAGUACACGGAGAAACCCGAAGGGGCUGUUUCGAUUCCGGAGUAUGUGGAACGAGCUUUGAGCGUCCUGAAAGCUCAGAACGAGAUGCUGGCGCAUCAUCCGAACGCCAAUUUGUACGCGCACAUGGGCCAGUUUGUAGAUUUAGACGGCUAUUAUUUGGAAUCGGAGCCUUGCUUGGUUUGCAACAAUCCCGAGGUACCUUUUACCAUGAUAAAAUUGAGUUCCAUCAAAAUCGAUUCCAAGUUUACCACCACGACGCAGAUAGUUAAACUGCUAUCCAGUCACACUAUCAGCAAGAUAACCAUACGAAUAGCCGACUUGAAGCGGACGAAAAUGGUUCGAACGGUGAACAUUUACUACAACAACAGAUCCGUACAGGCCGUUGUCGAAUUGAAAAACAAGCCCGCUCUGUGGCACAAAGCUAAAAAAGUGACCUUACAAAGCGGCCAAACCGAAGUCAAAAUCGAAUUUCCCCUACCGAUUGUCGCUUGCAAUUUGAUGGUCGAAUAUGCCGAUUUUUACGAAAACAUCCAAGCUUCCUCCGAAACUCUACAAUGUCCGAGAUGCAGCGCUUCGGUGCCCGCGAAUCCGGGAGUUUGCGCGAACUGCGGUGAAAACGUGUUCCAAUGCCACAAAUGCCGCGCCAUUAAUUACGACGAGAAAGAUCCGUUCCUAUGUCACGCGUGCGGCUUUUGCAAGUACGCCAAAUUCGAUUUCAGUCUGUUGGCCAAGCCCUGUUGCGCCGUCGAGCCGAUAGAAAACGACGAGGACAGGAAGAAGACCGUAUCGAGCAUCAAUUCGCUGUUGGAGAAGGCCGACAGGGUCUACAAACAGCUGAUAGCGAACAAACCGACGUUGGAAUCGUUGGUGUUGAAGAUCACCGAGCAUAGGUCGGAUAGAAAGUCUGACGAUUCAUCUUCGUCGAAUUCGACUUCGAACACGGCGGCUUCCGCCGCUACCGGCGGUUCUCAGCUCAAAGUUAACAAAACCAUACAAAUGCUGGCGCAACAGUACUGUAACGAAUGUAAAACGUCGUUCGAAGAACUCAGUAAGAUCAUUCAAAAAGUAUUAGUAUCGAGGAAGGAGCUGGUCGCUUACGACAGAAAACACAGGGAUAUGGAGCUGCCGAAAUCGACGCCCGUCCUCAACGAUUCGCUCAUCGCCUCGUCGUGCUUCAACAACCGCUGCUACGGUUGUUCGACCGCCGCCACGGAACACUGCUUGACGCUACUUCGGGCGCUCGCGCACAAUUCGACGACGAGACAGGUGCUCUGCGCCAAAGGGCUCAUCCAGGAGCUCGUUUGGAACAACCUGCGCAACGGCACCGUGCACAAUCAGGAGGAGGUCAGGCAGUUGCUGUGCGUCCUCACCAAGGACAACCGCGAGGCCACCGAUGAGCUUUGUAAUCUGCUGAUGGAGAGGAUCAGUUUGAGCUUGAGCGGCCACAUCAGCGCCGCCGAUUUGGGCACCGGCGUCCGGCACGAGAUCGCCUUGCUGUCGGCGAUGGUGCAGAAGGAGGACGAUUGUUGGGAGUUGAAGUUGCGCUGCAUGAUGGGAUUGUUUUUGAAAGCGUGCGAGGGCUCGAAGAGUCCUUUGGUCAUGGAGUCGGUUAUAUUACCGUGCUUGAAGAUCCUGCAAAGUUUAAUGAAACCACCUGAUAAUAACAAGAAAACUAAGGAUAAAUCGAACGCGUAUAGUAUUAAUAACGUUCCUUUGGCGGGCACGACUGUUGAUGUAAGGAAAUUUUUGGAAAAAGAUCCCGAUCACACGUUCAACGGUUGGAAAACCCGUUUCCCUAACACUUCUGAAUGUCCAUCGACAUCGAAACCCAGCAAAGACGAGAUUCGAAGGUACUACGUACAAGAAAAGUACGCGCGCAAAUGGAAAUUACACGCGAAGAAACUCUACGCGCGCGACAAGCUCAACCUCAACGACACGUCUUGGUUGAAAGCGGUCAUCUUCAAUUCGAGUUCCCGAUUGGCCCGGCAGGUGGCCUGCGGCAUUUUGGAAACCAUGUGCAGCUCGUUCGAGCGCAAACGCGACAUCUUGGAUUUGCUGACGCAAUUCCUGGUUGAAUUGAGCGCGGCCGGCGAGAGCGCCGCCGAAUUCCUGGCCCUCUACCAGAACCUCAUACAGGAGACGCCCUGGAAGCAGUACCUGACCGUCAACGGGGUGCUGUUGGUGUUGGCGCAUUUGAUCACCGUCGAAAUCGAGCAGUUGCAUCGAUUGGAACAGACCACUCUGACGUCCGAUCUGGCCCAGGGGUACGCUUUGAACCAGAUCACGGAGUUGUUGGCGUCGUUUUUGGACGACGCCACCAUCCGGAGGCACUACAAGGGCAGAUUGGUGGGGGCCGUGUUGAACGGGUACCUGUCGUUGAGGCGAUUGGUCGUCCAACGGACCAGAUUGAUCGACGAUACGCAGGAGAAGUUGUUGGAAUUGUUGGAGGAGAUGACGACGGGUACCGAAGAGGAAACCAAAGCUUUCAUGUCGGUGUGCAUAAAGACGGUGGAACGUUACAGCCUUCAAGAUAUACUGACGCCCGUGUUUAUAUUCGAGCGUUUGUGCUCGAUCAUCUAUCCCGAAGAGAACGACGUCGGGGAGUUUUUCCUCACGCUCGAUAAAGAUCCGCAACAGGAAGACUUUCUACAGGGCCGCAUGUUGGGCAAUCCCUAUUGCAGCUUGGAAGCCGGAUUGGGUCCUCUAAUGAGAGACGUGAAGAACAAAAUUUGCCAGGAUUGCGAAUUAGUCGCUCUAUUGGAAGACGACAACGGCAUGGAACUGUUAGUUAAUAAUAAGAUUAUGAGUUUAGAUUUACAAGUUAAGGAUGUAUAUAAAAAGAUUUGGUUAGCCGAAGGCGGCGAUCACGAACCGAUGAGGAUAGUGUACAGAAUGAGAGGAUUACUCGGAGACGCUACGGAGGAAUUCAUUGAAAAUCUAAGUAAUAAAUCGCAAAGCGACAUCGACAACGAAGAGGUGUAUAAAAUGGCCAACGUCUUGGCCGAAUGCGGUGGUCUUCAGGUAAUGGUAAUUCGAUUGGGAGCGAUACAGAGCGUGUCUAGAGCCAAGCCGCUCCUUCAAGUGUUGUUGAAAUUAUUCAGAUUAUGCGUGAAAGUGAACCGUUGCCAGGAAGUGUUGAUUCAACCCGAAAUCAAAUCGAUGGAAGUGUUCUUACGUACACUCCAACUAUGCCUCGACAGUGAUCAAGAUUCUAGUCAGAACGGUGUAACCGAACAACUUUUAGACAUUAUGGAAACCAUUCUAUCGAAAGCGACCGGCGAAUCCGAGGAGAAGUUCAAGGAAUUCUCCAAGACUUUAGGUAGCGCCGACUACGUCAAAUCCCUGCUAUCUUGUACCAAUCAACCUGUGGUAAAAACCAAUUCCGUACUAGUCCAUUUAACGCGAGUAUUGGCCGCGUUGGUGUACGACAACAAAGAAAAAAUGAAAAUAUUACUGGAUCACUUCAAUCCCGUUUUGGAUUUCGUCAAAUACGAUUGGGAACACACUCCGGACGAUCAACAGAAAUUGGAAAUGUUCUGCGUACUGACGAACGGCAUCGAAAAGAACUCGAUCGGUAACACUUUGAAAGACUACAUUAUCAGUUUAGACGUAGUGAAAAACGCGCUGGAGUACAUCAAAGUCCACGCGCCCUGCGUCAAACCCACUCUACUGCGCGUCGACAGCGACGAAUUGAAGGAUUUCAUUUCGAAGCCGGCCCUGAAGUACAUUCUACGCUUUCUCACGGGAUUGGCGCACAGCCACGAGAAAACCCAAUUGGCUAUAGCCUCCGCCGAAACCAUACCGAUCAUCCACCGUUUAGAGCAAGUUUCGUCCGACGAACACGUCGGUUCGCUGGCGGAGAAUUUGCUCGAGGCCCUUUGCACUAAUCCCGAGGUCGCCAAGCAAAUCGACGCCGUUCGGGACUUUACCCGUUCCGAGAAAAAACGCCUCGCCAUGGCCAUGAGAGAGAAACAACUCGGCCAAUUGGGAAUGAGAACCAACGACAAAGGUCAAGUUACGGCGAAAUCGAAUAUCCUGCACCAGAUCGAAGAGCUGGGCGAGGAGUCGGGAUUGGUGUGUUGCAUUUGCCGGGAGGGUUACAAAUAUCAACCGACGAAAGUAUUAGGAUUGUAUACGUUUACGAAGAGAUGCAACGUCGAAGAGUUCGAAGUGAAACCGAGGAAGACCGUCGGCUACACGACCGUCAGUCACUUCAAUAUCGUGCACAUCGAUUGUCACAUGAGCGCUGUCAGGUUGGCCAGGGCGCGUGAUGAAUGGGAAUCGGCGGCGCUGCAAAAUGCGAACACCAAAUGUAACGGUCUGUUGCCUUUGUGGGGCCCGCAAGUGCCGGAAUCGGCGUUCGCUAGUUGUUUGGCACGUCAUAACACAUAUUUACAGGAUAGCACUAAUCACAGAGAUAUCGGUCACAGUUCUACGAUACACGAUUUGAAGAUUUUAUUGUUGAAAUUCGCCCACGAAAAGUCCUUCCACGAAGAUACAGGCGGCGGUGGGGCCCAAAGUAACAUGCACCUUAUACCUUACCUCAUCCAUGUAGCUUUAUAUGUGAUAAAUACCACGAGGGUAAAUAAACGCGAAGAGUCGAGUUUGAAGGCGUAUUUGGAGAAUUCGAACCUGGAGAAAUGGUUGGAGUCUGCUUACGAAGCGGAAGGUCCUCUGUAUUGGCUGACUAUAUCGGUUUUACUUCAUUCUUACCAGCAGUGGCAGGCGCAUAAACUUUCUCACCUCCGUAGAAUUUUGAUACUUUCGCAUAUGCGACAUUGUCACCCAUCAGGCCCCGUGAAAAGCAUAUCAGAUAAAGAGGUGAAGGAUUACGCGGUGUACAAGCCUCACUUGCUUUUCUUUGCAUUAAUAGACGGAAUCUACAACUAUUUAUUCAAGAAUGUCGGGGGCUCUGACGAACAGUGGUCUACUAAUUUGGCGGAUUACAUUCGCCACAACGAUGAGACUCUAUUAAAGUCUUCGGAAAAACUACUGGCCGCUUAUACGGAGGAAUUUUUACCCUGUACUUACUUUACUGAAUUUUGUGAUGUGGCAGGUUUACUAGAUGUUAUACCUAAUCCUGAAUCGUAUAUUAGCGACCUGUUAAACGGGAUGUCUUAAUGUAAAAAAUUUCUGAAUUAUAAAACAAUGGCUGUACACUGUUUUUACUAAUUGCUUGCUGCUAGGUUGUAACCUAUAUGUAGAAUAUAUUUGCUUGUUAUUGGAGUUUUAGAGACUACUAAAUUAUUGUAACUAAAUGGAAUAAUUAUAUCUUUUAUUUGAAUUAAUUAAUGAAUUUCAAGAAUAUAUUUCCUUUUUU